UGGGGGGCAGGAGGGGAGGUGGCCUCCACCUGCCCCACACCAGCUUCCCACCCACAGGGGGCUGAGCAGGAGCUUUGCUGGGACCUGCCCUGGCUUAGCCCGCUGCAGUGGGCGGGCCCCUGGCCCUGCCAGCGCCUAGGCCUCCCCCUGCAUUCUAGAGCCCCAGUCACUGCCUUUGCUGCUGCUGUGGCUGGGCUGCCACCUCUCCUUUUCAGCCUCUCGCCACUGCUGCACUCCACCCCUGCCCACAGCUCGGCUCACUUGGCCAUGCUCCUGACCCCCCCAGGGACCCUGGCCCAGCCCUGAGCUCUGGGACCCCCGGCCCUCUCCACUGGGCCAUGGCCAACUCGGGCCUCCAGCUCCUGGGCUAUUUCCUGGCCAUGGGUGGCUGGGUAGGCAUCAUCGCCAGUACGGCCCUCCCGCAGUGGAAGCAGUCCUCCUAUGCGGGCGACGCUAUCAUCACCGCCGUGGGCCUCUACGAAGGGCUCUGGAUGUCCUGCGCCUCCCAGAGCACCGGGCAGGUGCAGUGCAAGCUCUACGACUCGCUGCUUGCCCUGGAAGGGCACAUCCAGUCAGCUCGAGCCCUGAUGGUGGUGGCCGUGCUCCUGGGCUUCGUGGCCAUGGUCCUCAGCGUUGUCGGCAUGAAGUGCACCCGGGUCGGAGACAGCAACCCCAUCGCCAAGAGCCGCAUUGCCAUCUCCGGGGGCGCCCUCUUCCUCUUGGCGGGUACGAGUUUGGCCCGGCUCUGUUCGUGGGCUGGGCCUCUGCCGGCCUGGCCCUGCUGGGGGGCUCCUUCCUCUGCUGCACAUGCCCGGAGCCCGAGAGAGUCAACAGCAGCCCACAGCCCUACCGGCCGGGCCCCUCAGCUGCUGCCCGAGAACCAGUUCUUAAAUUGUCUGCCUCCUCCAAGGCCCCCCUGGGUGUGUAGUGUCCCAGUCCCCGCCUGGCCCUGCCUCCCUGCCACACCUAGACUGUGUGCGUGGCCCUUUUUUGGAAAGAGAAGUGAACGUCCAGCCCCCGUGUGGUGUCGUUUGAUCUGCCUCUGGAGAGGUCGGGGUGGGGGCUGGCCCGGAGAAGUCAGAGCUGUUCCCUGGGGUUGCUGGGCAUAAAGAUGGGGAGACAGAGAUCCAGGGUGGGUGGUACAGCAGGGCCGAGGCUGACCAGGACUCCUGCCCCCUGCCCCGUGACCUCCCCAGGCUGGCCUUGGGCUGGCACCAGGACCUCCUUGAUGGGAGGCCCCAUCCUGAUGCCUGGCCUGGCCCCCAGGUCAGGGAGCCCUUGGUCUAAAGACAGACACAGUCCCACCCCUGUUACUCAGCCUGCCCCUGGGAUGUCCCCCUUGGGGCACUCCGAGGGAGAGGGGAGAAGCCCUGGGAGGCCCUCCAGCUGGGUUCUGGGGAUCAGGGCCAGGGCGAGGAGACACUAGGAUCGCUAAGUGGAGAAGGUCCCGGAGGCAGGACAUUGGGCCUCUCGGGCAUUAGGACCAUCCUGAGGAAGGUUGGAAGCCCCAGGUUCGGCUCCGCCCCAAAGCUGCUCCUUUUCUUCACCCACGGGUCCUCUUCUCCGGUCUGCUGAGGCCCUGCUACCUCCCUGCCCCAGAACCAGGCCAGGGAGGGAGCCUGAGGUCGCCCAGACCGCGGCCGGAGCGCCAGCUCACUCCGAGGUGCAGUCAGAGCUGGAGGGGCUUUUGGCCUUGCAGUUAAGGUAACCAGCCCCUAGUCUGAGAGCGGGGAGUCCUCUGACCCGUUCUUCCGCUCAGGCUCAGGCCUGCCCCCGCCCCCAAACGCCCUCCCUGGACCCUGAGUCUCUCUCUGGCCACUGCCUGCUCUCUCUCACGGGGAAAGAGCUGAGCAGGCCUGCCCCCGCCUCCCCGGUGCCCUCCACCUGGCUUCCCCCGCCGCCUGUCUGCCACCGCAUGUCCCCCAGCUGCAAACCCCAAGGACAGAACCCAGCCUUCUCCCUGGGCCUGACGCUGAGAGGUGGGCUUUGACAAGUGGAUGUCGGGACACUGCGGGGCGUGGGGGCGGGGCGGGGAGCAGGAGCACCUGUGGGACGAUUCCUGUGGCGCCCUGGCGGGCAGCCGCCACACAGCCGUGCAGCCUUGGGAAUGAACGGCUGCUUCGCGAGGCCCGUCCGGCCUCUGGCCGGAACGGGUGGGCGGAGGGUGACCCCAAAUGGGUUACUGGACUCCUGACCCUCGAAUCGCGACUGACAACUAUGGAAGAGUCUGUCCGGGAGCCUGCGCGGAAACUCAGCGGUUCUAGCUUCUGGGCGCACGUUCGAGCCGCCUGGGGAGCUGGGGCCCAGGCUCCGCCCCCGACACCCCCACUGAAUCGUCUCUGGGUGCAGGCAACUCCGUGGGACCGCAGUGUGUGGGCAGCACCUGAAGUUGGGGCCACGUUCUUUGCCCCUCUGAGGGGGUCUCAGAGGGAGAAAGGCGCCUGCAAGGAGAGGGGAGGAGGGAAAGACGAGAGGGAGCCCUGUCUCCUUGGGGCUCUCUCCAGAGACAGGCUCUCCCGCGAGAGCACUGCGGUCUCCCAAUAAAUGCACCCCUUGUGCUGAA